UUUCAUCUCUGUUUUCACAGGAGACACAUGAUAGUUCAGCAGUGAGUGCAGACGUCCUGACUCAACAGACACAAUGAGGACCCUUAGAGCAGCGACGCCGAUUCCUCUGCCUUCACAUUACGAUGAAGCGGUUUGUCCAGAAAUUUUGCCUUCAAGGAGAUCAAGUAUGGCUUCCACUACGACUCAUCUGCCUACGUUGUGCGAGGGUUCGUUGGACUGUAACAUGUUGUCAAGAUUUGUGCCACCCGCAUUUUCACCGUCAGAACUGGGAAAAACAGAGAUAAUAGCGCUUGUAGGAUCGCCUUCUCAUCCCAGAAGAGGACAGCUGUUUAAGUCAGCUUCAGAGAGAAAAACGAGAUCUCAACAGAACAAUCUCUUUCCAGACUUGAGCAGGAGAGAAAUAGCUAAAGAAAACGUUGAUCCCGACAAAAUGCCGGCGGAAUGGGUGAAAAGACUCCGACGGCCCCAGCAAUACGAACUGACAAGAACAGUGUCGAAUCCAGUCAUUUCUAAAACGAGAAAUUCUACGCUGGGUGCUAAGACGUCGAGCCCUCCAAAUUCUAAAAGUUUACCACGACUUAACAGUACCGAACCCUCAAGAACGAUCACCGAAAAUGAACAUUCUGCAGAGCUAAGAAGACACAUCCAACAAGAAAAUAUGGACUAUGAUAUCUUAUCGACCAAAGCUGUCAUCUUAGAACGCUUUCUGAAUAGUCAGAAAUAAGCGCACAUUGAAUGUGUCUUAUGUUUAUAUUUUAAAGCAUUGGAUUGCCAUUGCAUAACUAAUAAUGUAGUAACCGUUCAAAUGUCAGACUAAGGUCAGAUUCAACUUAUGCAACAUCACAACAUUGUUAUAUAACAAAUCUCGUGAUCGCAAAUUAAUUUAUUUGAGGAGAAAAAGUUCUCACCGCCUUGAGCGCAUCAGAAGCGCAAUGAGACGAGAUAGUGAAAAGAAAAUUAUUGAUUGCGCCGGUUCGCAAACAAACAAACGCCACGGGAACAAAAAAACUGGUAUAUUUUCAAUCAAUUUUGCUAAGUUUUGUAAUCAGAGGGAACUAGUGUCUCUGAAAUGACCCAAGUUGGUUGUAAUUCUGUUGGCGUUUUGCCUAGAGAGCAAGAGCGCUUUAUAAAUUGGAUUUUAUCGGCUGUAUUAUAUUAUUAAUUGCAAAUUAUUGAAAAAAAAAUAUCUGUAAAUAUUUCAAUAAACUUUGAAGCCUUUAAAGUGA